AGGCCGUCCUUCGAGAGGUUGAAAGUGGGGAGAGAGAGUCCCAGAGCGUGUCGAGUCUGUGUGGGCAGUUGAAAAACAGCGGCUACACACAGGAUUAUUUGGCGCAGCAGAUUCGUAACUAUCUGGCAGGUGAGAGUCGGAAUCAGGUGCUGGAAGCCUUAGAUCUUCGAUUGUUGGCAUGUCACCAUGUGCUGCUGGAAGAUCUGUCAGAAGAUCUCUUGGAGGAGCUCCUUGAGAAGCAGCUGGCAGACGAUGAACUCAGCCGAGUUCGGAAGCAGUUGUACGGAGACAGCAGCUUGCCCGUGUUAACCGC